GGGGAGGCGGAGCCCCCGCGCCGCCGGGGGGCUCGGGCUCCGGGCUGCCGCUGCAGCUACCGUGGCGGCCUCCGCGGUUGCCGAGGGAGACGCCGGCCGUGCUCCGGACGCUCGCCCAGGCAAGCACGCCCGCGCAGCCCGGCCGAGCCUGGAGCAGCCCUCGCCGUCGCCGCACGCGUGGGCUCCCGAGGCGCGGGUCCCCAGAGGGCGCCCGGAGCAGUGGGGAGCGCUCGGGCCUCGUCAGCGCGGCGGGAAGGAGGCCUUCUCCUCGGGUGGCGGGCUUCCUCGCGCCUGUCUGCACGCCCCGCCGGGCUCCGAAGGCAGCGGAGAGGAGGAGGACGACCGGGAGGACGACGCCGACUACUACGAGAACCUGCCCGGCGGCUCCCACUCGGCGCCCAAGCCUAAGGGGGCGGAGGCGGAGCGGUGGCCCCCGCCUUCCCCGGCGGCGGGCUCCUCCCCGGGGGCGGAGGGCUGCCGCCAGGAGACAGGCAGGCUGCAGACCCAGUUGCGAGAGGCCUAUUAUCUGCUGAUCCAGGCCAUGCACGACCUGCCCCCUGACUCGGGCGCGCGGCGGGGCGACAGGGGUUGGGCGGAUCGCGGCUGCCUUGUGGGAGCCCGGGCGCUGGGCCAGCCGCCUUCCCCCUGCGGCGCUGCGGACCGCCGAGCCUGCCCCCAAGACUGGCAGCAGGGAGGCGGUGGCCGCCCUUGGCAGCAGGUGUCCCCGCCCCGGUCGCCUCUGAGGGAGUUGGGGAGAGGCCGCCUGCGGACUCCUCGGAUGCGGCUGUCCUGCAGCAGAAGCCUCGAGAGCCUCCGGGUGGGUGCCAAGCCUCUUCCCGUCCAGCGGUGGCCGAGCGACAGCUGGAUCAGGUGCGGCGCGCGCGGAGACCUGGACGAGCCCCCGCCACGUGGAGGCGGGAUGGACGGCUGGAGCGGAGGCAGCGUCCCGGCCGCCGCGCCCUCCGGCCUCCUGACUUCCCGCUCCAGGGAUCCCGGCCGCUCCUCAGGAAGCCCUUUCAGGGAACCUGCGGGGUCCGCUGUGGUACGCAGCGGCAAAGAAAACGGCCAGGAGGGGCUCCCCUUCCUCAAGCCUCCCGCGGUGACAGUCAAGAAACUGCAGAAGUGGAUGUACAAAGGACGUCUGCUGUCCUUGGGAAUGAAGGGUCGCUCCCGGGGGGCACCCCCCAAAGUCACGGGAGCGCAGGCAACCUCUCCAAAUCUGGGCCCUUUGAAAAUGCAUGAGAGCCAAGUCCUCUCCGUGCCUCCAGACCAAAGAAUUACGUUAACGGAUUUAUUUGAAAAUGUCUAUGGGUCUUCAGUGAAGAGAAGAGAACUUGAAGACCUGAAGGAUAAUAUUGGAUUCAGAAGUCAUAAGCCACUUAAUAGCAUCACUGUGUCAAAGAAACGCAAUUGGCUAUAUCAGAGCACUCUGCGACCUUUUAAUUUGGAAGAAGAAAAUAAAUGCCAAGACAUAAGUCACUUAUCCAUCUCACCCAAACAUCAGCUAUCACGACCUUUCUUCAAGUCCUCUGAAGAAUACUGUACAUAUAUGGUGUGUGAUGCUACAGAUUCUUCACCUUCACGAAACUGUUCUUUAGACUUUAAUGAGGAAAAUGAUGCAGACGAUGAGAGAGAAAUAUGGUACAACCCCAUUCCUGAGGAUGAUGACUUUGGUAUAUCAAAUGCUUUGAGUUUUGGUGAAGCGGACUCUCCUGUUCUGAAGUUUCCUACAGUUAGCUUGAGAGUGUUGUCUGGUAGUGACCUAAUGAAAGCAGAGCAGUACACUGAAGACUUGCUGUGUUCUUCAGAACUCAGAACCACACAGUCCAAUGAAACGAAUCCUGUAGAUCCCAUCCAUUCCCCAGAGGUCAUGCAGCCAUUCAAGCAAAGGGUUGGACACAAGGCACAAGAAGGUAUCAUGGUAGAGGAGAGUCUCAUGUUGAGAUCUCCUUUUGCAGGUCCUGGGAGCCUAGCUGCUACAAAUAAGACUGAAUUGGGAGUGCCAGGACCAUCUUCUCCAAGCCCUAGCCCUGUGAAAAAAAAUAACUCAAUUAACUGGUCUUUCCCAGAUAAAAUAAAAUCUCCACGAACUGUGAGGAAACUUUCUAUGAAAAUGAAAAGGUUGCCAGAACUUAGCCGAAAGCUGAGCGUUAGAGGAACUUUGAAUCACACGAACAGUCCAGAUAAUACCCCUUCUCUGUCUAAAUGUAACUGUCAGGAAAUUCAUCAUACUGAUAUUCUGCCUUCUGGGAACACAACCACAGCUGCGAAGAGGAAUGUUAUAAGUCGGUACCACUUGGAUACCAGCGUAUCUUCUCAGCACAGCUACCAGAAGAAAACAUUUAUGAGUUCUAAGUAUUCUUGUAAAGGCGGUUAUCUCAGUGAUGGAGAUUCACCUGAACUUAUAACUAAAGCUAUCAAACAUGGAUCUGAAAACAAAUUUGGAAAGGGAAAAGAAAUAACUCCAAACAGUUGUAGCAAGAGUGAAAUAGACAUUGAUGCUUUCAGACAUUAUAGUUUUUCCGACCAACCUAAAUGUUCACAGUACAUAUCUGGGCUCAUGAGUGUGCAUUUCUAUGGUGCUGAGGAUUUAAAACCACCUCGGGUAGAUUCAAAAGAUGUCUUCUGUGCAAUUCAGGUAGAUUCAGUAAACAAAGCAAGAACCGCUCUGCUCACGUGUCGGACAACAUUUUUAGACAUGGAUCAUACUUUCAACAUAGAAAUUGAAAAUGCACAGCAUUUGAAAUUAGUAGUAUUCAGUUGGGAACCGACUCCAAGAAAAAAUCGAGUGUGUUGUCAUGGAACUGUUGUUCUCCCCACUUUAUUCAGAGUGACAAAGACACAUCAGUUGGCUGUCAAACUUGAGCCCAGAGGUCUUAUUUAUGUGAAAGUGACUCUUCUGGAACAGUGGGAGAAUUCUCUUCAUGGGCUGGAUAUAAAUCGAGAACCAGUAAUAUUUGGUGUUGAUAUUCGAAAAGUGGUAGAGAAAGAAAAUAUAGGGCUGAUGGUGCCACUCCUGAUACAAAAAUGUAUUAUGGAAAUUGAGAAGAGAGGCUGUCAGGUGGUAGGCCUGUAUCGAUUAUGUGGUUCGGCAGCAGUCAAGAAAGAACUUCGAGAGGCUUUUGAGAGAGAUAGCAAAGCUGUUGGUCUGUGUGAAAACCAGUACCCAGAUAUAAAUGUAAUAACAGGUGUUCUUAAGGACUAUCUAAGAGAACUUCCUUCUCCUCUGAUAACAAAGCAGCUUUAUGAGGCUGUAUUAGACACAAUGGCAAAAAAUCCUUUGAAAAUGUCAUCAAGCGGAUGUGAGAAUGACCCAAGUGACUCUAAGCACACUGUUGACCUGCUUGAUUGUCUUCCUGAUGUUGAGAAGGCAACCUUAAAGAUGUUACUGGAUCAUUUGAAAUUAGUGGCUUCUUAUCAUGAAGUGAACAAGAUGACUUGCCAGAAUUUGGCCGUGUGCUUUGGACCUGUACUAUUAAGUCAAAGGCAAGAGACUUCUACCCAUAACAACAGAGUCUUUACUGACUCAGAAGAACUUGCAAGUGCUUUGGAUUUUAAAAAACAUAUUGAAGUUCUUCAUUACUUACUUCAGCUGUGGCCAGUGCAACGUUUAACUGUCAAAGAAUCGACCGACAAUUUGUUUCCAGAGCAGAAGUCUUCUCUAAAUUAUUUGAGGAGGAGGAAAGAACGACCUUGCCUGUUAAAUUUGAGUGGUACUGAGUCAUCAAGAAUACUUAGACCAAGGCAAACCAGAUUAGACAGUCCAGUUAGCAAUCGUUACGCAGGAGACUGGAGCAGCUGUGGAGAAAACUACUUUUUAAAUGCAAAAGAAAAUUUAAAUGAUGUAGAUUAUGAUAAUGUCCCUUCGGAAGAUAGAGGAGAUGGAGAAAACUGUAACAAAAUGUAUGGACAAGAUAUAAUGAUUGAACAGCCAGUACCCAUGUCCAAAGAGUACACAUUUCAGACAUACUUGACAAUGCAGACAAUUGAGUCUACCGUGGAUCAAAAAGUCAAUCUUAAAGACCUACAAGAAAGUAUUGAUACUUUGAUUGGAAAUCUGGAGCGUGAACUCAACAAAAACAAGCUUAAUAUGAGUGUUUGAGAUUGAGAGUUUUAAUUUGCUUUUUUGUAAUAUUUUAAAUUUCUUAUCAGUCUUUCUCACUAUCUUAUACCUCUCACUGUGAUGGUUUUAUUUUUUUACUCUUGAAAAUGCCAUUAAUUUUUAGUUAGUUCAUGUGAUUCAAUUAAAAACUCUAUUCAUUAAUAUAAUUUUUACUUAUCUCAUUAGAAAAUUUUUCUGGGGGCAGAGAUAACUUGGCCUUAUGACUAUCUUUAACAAAUAUGGCCAAUUCUAUGGAGAUAACUUUUAAAUGCACUUAUAAGGUUCAGAUAAGUUAUUAGCCCCUCACGGCUUUUGUAAGUUAUAGGAACUGCUCCUUUAUAGCUGAAACAGAUGUUUCUUUUAGAGGAACGUGGCAGCUGCUCCGUCGGGUUUGCAGUGUGGGUCCAUGUACACUGCAGCAUCAUCUGAUCAUAUUUCAUUUGCAAUGCAAAUGCUGCUAUAAAAAACCUUUUUAUAAAUAAAAGUAAAAUUAUACAAA